GCCUGAGCGUUAGGUUGCGCGAGGGCUGCAGUUUCAGUUUGUUUUAUUCACCAUUUUGUGUAGCUCAAGGUAAAAUAUUAAAGUAAAACCCUUUAGCGCAGCAGAGCUUUUCACCCGUUUUAUUUACUUUUGCGAUUCGGGGAGAAAACUGGUGUUGGUGUUUUUAUGCGACGUUACAUUGAGUCUGUCAGUCGGUGAAGCUUUUUUUUAUUUCCUCCAUUUUUCAUAAAAAAAAAUCUCAACAGUGUUCCUGCAAAAAUGUCCAGACCAGUGAGGAACAGAAAAGUGGUGAAUUAUUCACAGUUCAACGAAUCUGAUGAUGCAGAUGAGUACGAGCAAGGCUCGGACAAGCCCAAGAAGAUGCGGGCAGCGCCACGUGAAAUCAAGCACAAGAAGACCAAGAACUCACAGGAGGAAAGCGAUGACUCCGAUGACAAAGUCUCCAAACCUAAAAAUGAUUCAGCAGAUGAUUUCGGCAGCGACGAAGAAAACGACUUUGGGGAGGAAGAAGAGGAGGAGGAAGACGGAGGAAGUGAUUACGAAGCCAAAAAGGGAAAGAAGGGGAAGAAGGCUAAAGUGGAGAAGCCGAGCAGAAGGUCACUGAAGAGGAAAAGGGAUUCGGCAGAUGAAAGCGAUGAGGAUAAGGUGAGCCGGAAGCCCAGGCAGGUGAGACAAGCCGCCUCCAAGGCUGCGUCCAAACAGAGAGAGAUCCUGCUCGGGGACCGAGGGAGUGAGGAUGAGGAUAAAGAGGAAGAUGAGCACACCUACGUGGACCAAGAGUCCGGGAGUGACGAGGACUUCAUGGUGGACGACGAUGACGACAGCGACUACGGUCACUCCAAAAAGAAGGGCAAGAAAGUGAGUCAGCGAGGACGCAAGGUGGAGAAGAAGGAGAAGAAAUCUCCUAAACCCAGACUAAAGGCCACAGUCACCCCGAGCCCCAUGAAGGGAAAGGGCAAAGGUCGCCCGAGUGCAGCGAAGGCCCUGGAGAAAUCCUCACCUAAAGAGGAGGAGGAGCCCGAGAGCCCGCUAGAGGACGAGGAGGAAGACGAGGUGGAGAAGAAGAGCUCGCUGCCACCGUCUGCCAAAAAGAAGAAAAACACCCCUGACGACGAGGAAGAGGAGGACGAGGAGGAUGGCUCAGAAGACGACGCGCCGUCUGGGGAAGAUUAGCCACCUCGCGUCUCGUUUGCGCUCUCUGUUUUCUUUCUUUCUCUCAGUUUAUUUUUCUCUUUCGGAGGUUUUUCUAUUGUUAUAAUUUGUCUGUGGUGACCUGGCUUUUUUUUUUUUUUUUUUUCUUUCUUUCUGUAUCACAAAAACCAUGUUGUCCCAGAAAGCAUCAGAUUGUGUGUGUGUGUGUGUGUGUGAGAGAGAGAGAGAGAGAGAGAGAAAGAGAAUGAUGUAUUUGUAUUUUUUUUAUUAUUAUUAUUUUUUUUAUUUAUAGGCAAGAACUAUAAGAAAAGCCCGCCGCUCCUCCACUGCUCACGGGCUGCUGCUCUAACGGUUCUUGAGUUCUGGUUUCAUCUCCACAUAGUUCCUGCUGUUCCUCAGCUCUAUGCCCGGUGAUUUUCCUGCUCUAACACACUUGCCUCGACAUCUUUUUAGCGACACAAAUAAACACGCGCCUACAGGCAUUUACGCAUUUUAUGAAUCAGGAACGACCGACGACGGAUAAACGAUCGUCUAGCUGUUUUAUUUCUGUUAGGACAGGGUUGCCAGAUAAUCUCAUAAAUCACCGCUUACUCCUAACCGGUUUUAAAAACCUUUCGAUUGAUCACACACUGAAUACAUAAAUACAUAAUUAAAGCUAAACAGGGUAAAUCUAAGCUACUAAUCCAGAACAGUCUGUUCUGAUAGGAAUAACGAAAAUAAUACGUUUAAACGGCCUUUUAAAAAAAAAAAAACUAUCAUUUAAACUGUGAGUAAAGUCUAAACACUGCUUUACAAUCGAUCUGAGCCUUUGACACGUCAGACGAUCGACCGCUACGACCCGACUUCGCUUCCCCGCGAUGGUCGGAAUCCAGAGAAGAGCGAUUUAUUUACGACGCACGUUAUGGACAAGACAGGAGGAGGACGUCAGCGUGGUGGGACGUUGGAGCAGGAAAACACUACGAUGUGCAGGAGAAGGUUAGAACUGAACCAGGAUUUAGGAAACUC